GCUGAGGACAGAAUAAGUAACCAGUCGGGUUCAGAGCACACCUGCAGGACACUGUCCCCAAGAGCUAAGGAGGCGUUCUUGAGACGACUUGAGCUGAGGGCUCCACACUCUGCUGCUGCUCUUCUUCUACAUAUCACAGGGAAACUAGACCACCAUGAAAUUUACGUUCUAUCUGUGUAUCCUUGCUGGGGCAUCUUUCUUCGCUCACUCGUCUGUCCAGAAAGAAGACCCUGCUCCCUACUUGGUAUACCUCAAAUCUCACUUUAAUCCUUGUGUGGGUGUCCUCAUCAAAACUGAUUGGGUUCUAGCCCCAGCUCACUGCUACUUACCGAAUCUGAAAGUAAUGCUGGGAAACUUCAAGAGCAGAGUCAGAGACGGCACAGAGCAGACGAUCAACCCUAUCCAGAUCAUUCGCUACUGGAACUACAAUGACACCUCCCCACAGGAUGACCUCAUGCUCAUUAAACUGGCCAAGCCUGCCGCCCUUAACCACAAAGUCCAGCCCCUGGCCCUUGCUACCAGCAAUAUCCGGCCAGGAACCGUCUGUCUGCUGUCAGGUUUGGACUGGAGCCAGGAAAACAGUGGCAGACAUCCUGACCUACGGCAGAACCUAGAGGCCCCGGUGAUGUCCGACAAAGAGUGCCAAAAAACUGAACAAGGGAGAAACCACAGGAACUCCUUGUGUGUUAAAUUUAUCAAAGUAUUCAGCAGAAUUUUUGGGGAGGUGGCUGUCGCUACGGUCCUCUGCAAGAACAAACUCCAGGGAAUCGAGGUCGGUCACUUCAUGGGAGGGGACGUCGGCAUCUACACCAACGUUUACAAAUACGUGUCCUGGAUUGAGACAACCACCAAGGACAAGAAACACUGAGACGGCACUUCUCCCUCUGCACCUGCUGGCUCUGCUUUUAACUAAAUAGGCUCAUAUUCUCCUUACCCUCGAAAUAAAUCUCCAAAUUAAAAUCUCUGGGCACAGGAGA